UUACGAGUGAUAGAGGAGAAAAAAUGGCACAAAAAACAAACAUGUGUAGCAGCUUGAAUGCAAUGAAUCGAGUUCUUCUCAAGCUUCGCCACUCUCUACUUCCUCUCUCUGUUUCCAACCCUACAUUUCCAUUCCAAUCCUUUCUCCAAUUCCCACCAAAACGAUCAAUGGAUUCCACAUCAUUUUCCACUGCCAACAAUGCUUCCAACGAUCUAUCAACCAAGACGUGUGUACCGUGCAAUUCAAAGGAUUUGAAACCUAUGACAGAAGAUGCUGCGAAUUCUCUGAUUCCAAAGGUUUCAGACUGGAAUUUGGUAAAUGAAGGCGGUUCUUUGAAAUUAAGUAGAUCAUGGAAAGUUAAAUCUUUUAACAAAGGAUUGGAGUUUUUCAGAAUUGUAGCUGAUCUUGCUGAAGCUCAAGGUCAUCAUCCUGAUCUUCACCUUGUGGGUUGGAAUAAUGUUACUAUAGAGAUUUGGACUCAUUCUGUUGGUGGGCUGACAGAGAAUGACUUCAUAUUUGCUGCUAAGAUCAACGAGCUCAAUGUGCAUGGCUUACUGAGAAGGAAAACUUCUGACUGAAUUGUCAAUAUGAAGAGGAAAGUGUAAAUACUCUAGUUAAUAGUAUGCUGCGUUGUGCUUCAACAUGGCUUGAGGUGUCUACUUCUGCAGCUUCAUCAAACAAGAGCAUUCGAAUCACUGAUAAUUGGAUUCUUGGGUGCCCUACCAUCCUCCAUGCAACUGCUAAGGCUUCACGAUCGUCAGGACCUCCAACAAAGAUCAUAUUUAUGCAAAAGUUCAUUUUUGAUAAUGACCCAAGACCACGAUCAACAAAUAUUCCCACAGAGCAAGGUGCACUUUGCAUCACAUUCAAGUUUAUAUCUUUGUAUGCAAUAUUGGUUGUUUCAAGUGCACCUCCUGAACUUAGUUGUUUGUGGAAUGGAAGGAUAAUCAAGCUUGUCCCUUUUUCAUUUGCUGUGUUGUUUAUGUCCUCGUGAAUGGUUGCAUAGGCUGACACAACAUUUAAGGUUUGCACUCUAACAGCAUCAUAUGCCUCUCCAAAUGAUCCAAAGGUAUUGCUAAUGCAUUCUAGCUCUUCCUGGGAUCUUGUAAGAUUUUGUUCUAUGGGUUGGCUACUAGGCUUCUCCAUAUGAGCAGCAAUAAGUGCGCCAGCACGUCUUGUGAGCUCAACAAGGUAAAGUGCAAAAACAUGUAUAGGAGAAAGUCUAGUGGCAUUGAAAGAUUCAAUGAGGCUGAUAAUCCCUGUAGUUUGGCGAGUAUUGUGAACACAUGCUAAAAUCCCGAGCUCUGCGUCAAGUCUUAGCAUUUGUAUAGUCUUUAGCUUGUUUUGCUCAAA